AUGGCUUCGAGAGUAGCAGUGCAGCAGAACAGAGCCGAGGGAGCAGUUCCUGAAGGUCGGAUUAAGCAGAAGAACAUGGCGGCCGCUCCAGGAGGAAGAAAUAGGCGAGCACUUGGAGAUAUUGGGAAUCUUGUAACUGCCCGUGCUGUCCUUGAAGGCAAACCCCUUCCUCAGAGACCAGUUACUAGGAGUUUCUGUGCUCAAUUGCUAGCUAAUGCUCAGGCAGCUAAAGCUGCAGAAAACAACAAGAAAUGUCUGCCAGUUAAAGUGGAAAAUGAAGGAGUUGUUGGUGCCCAGGCUAAGAAGCCAGUGCAGAAAAAACCAGUUGUUAAGCCUAAGCCUGAGGCUGUUAUUGAAAUAAGUUCUGAUUCAGAACCAGUGAAGGUAGACAAAAGGGAGAAGAAAGCAAAUGGGAAGAAAACAGCCCCAACUCUUAGUUCAACUCUCUCUGCUAGAAGCAAAGCAGCAUGUGGUUUGAGCAAGAAAACCAAGGAUGUAAUGGUAGUGGAUAUUGACGCUGCUGAUAUCAACAAUGAGUUAGCAGUCACUGAGUAUCUCGAUGACCUGUACCAAUUCUAUAAGAUUGCAGAGAAUGAGAGCAGGGUUGGUGACUACAUGCCUUCUCAACCUGACAUUAAUGAAAAAAUGAGGGCAAUUCUGAUUGAUUGGUUGAUUGAAGUUCACCACAAGUUUGAACUCAACCAAGAGACACUUUACCUCACCAUCAACAUAAUUGAUAGGUAUCUUGCCAUCAAGGCUACUCCCAGGAAGGAGCUACAGUUACUUGGUAUGGGUGCAAUGCUCGUGGCUUCAAAAUAUGAAGAAAUCUGGGCACCUGAGGUGAAUGACUUCGUAUGCAUGUCAGAUAGAGCUUACACUCAUGCACAGGUGCUGUCCAUGGAAAAACGCAUUCUUGGUGAAUUGCAAUGGACUUUGACUGUUCCAACGCCAUAUGUAUUCCUUGUGCGCUUCAUCAAAGCCUCCAUUCCUGAUUCAGACAUUAUGGAGAACCUGGUUUACUUCCUGGCAGAACUUGGGAUGAUGAAUUAUGCAACUAUCAGUUACAGCCCAUCAACGAUCGCUGCGUCAGCCGUGUAUGCAGCAAGAUGCACCCUCCAAAAGACCCCUCUUUGGGAUGACACUCUGAGAUUGCACACUGGUUUAUCAGAGCAGCAAGUAUUGGAUUGUGCAAAGCUACUUGUCAGCUACCAUGCCAUGGCUCCAGAUCACAAGCUGAGGGUGAUCUACAAGAAGUACUCCAGCACUGAAAGGGGAGCUGUUGCUGCAUUGCCUCCUGCCAAGGCUCUUUUGGAGUUAUCAUCUUGA